UUGAUCAUGAACAACCAUUCAAUCCCCUUCUCACACUUGCUCUCUGAUCUUGUGUAGAUGGCUGCUGCUUCAUCUCUCUCAUCUGGUGGCCACUGGAACUAUGAUGUGUUCCUCAGUUUUAGAGGUCAGGACACACGAAAAAUCUUUGUAGGUCAUCUCCACAAAGCUCUUGAUCUGAAAGGAAUCAACGCAUUCAUAGACUCUGAAGAUCUCUGCAUAGGCAACGACCUGUCAGAGUUGUUCAGGACUAUUGAAGACUCUAGGCUCUCUAUCAUUGUUUUCUCCCAAAACUAUGCUUCUUCCACAUGGUGCUUGAAAGAACUGGUUAAAAUACUUGAAUGCCGGCAACGAAGAAGCAGUCCGGUUGUACCCAUUUUCUAUGAAGUAGAUCCAUCUGAUAUCCGCAGACUGAAGGGGAGCUUUGCCGAGGCUUUUACUAAACAUGAGCAGAAUUCUAAUGCUAACAUCAAAGAGGUGAAUAGGUGGAAGAGUGCUCUAACUGAAGUGAGCAAUCUAUCCGGCUGGGAUUCACGCCAUUACAGGGAUGAUGCUAAGUUUAUCGAAACAAUUGUAGAAGAUAUUUCUGAAAAAUUGGUCCACAUCUCCUCCAAUAAAGUCAAUGACUUGGUUGGAAUGAAUUCCCACAUCGAGAAAAUGUGUGAACUAUUAUGUCUAGGUGAGGAUGGUGUUCGUAUUGUUGGCGUUUAUGGAAUGCCUGGUAUAGGAAAAACAACCAUUGCUAGAGCUAUUUAUGACGAAAUUGGUGCUCAAUUUGAACACUUUUGCUUUCUUGAAAAAAUCAAGGAUGGUUUCAAGAAUAGUGGUGCAAUACACAUGCAGGAAGAAAUUCUAUCUAGAAUCUUUGAGAAAAGAGUGCGCUGUCGAGGCAGUUUGAGUAAAGGAUCCAAGAUGAUUAUGGAAAGAUUGAGUAUGAAAAAAGUUCUGCUUGUUCUUGAUGAUGUAGAAAACUUUGCACAAAUUGAAGCAUUACUUGGAAAACAGUAUUCAUUUGGUGGUGGAAGUGUAAUCAUUGUAACCACUAGAGAUAUGCAGUCACUUAGUGGAGUCCAUGCGAGAUAUAGUCCCAAGUUUCUAAGUGAUGAAGAAGCUCUUGAGCUCUUCAAGCAGUAUGCCUUCAGAACAAAACAAUCUACAAGAGAGUAUGAUGCUCUCUCAAGGCAUGCUGUAGAGUAUGCUCAAGGUCUGCCGCUAGCACUCAAAAUUUUGGGAGCUUUUCUAGAUAACAAAAGUAUACAUGAGUGGGAAGAUGAGCUAGAGAAAAUAAAGGAAAUUCCACACAGAAUUCUGGGAGUGCUUAGAACAAGUUAUGAUGGCCUGGCCUUCUCAAAGGACAUAUUCCUAGAUAUUGCAUGCUUCUUUAGAGGAAUGGACAGAUGCUAUGUAAUCAAAAUCAUGGAAAGUUGUGGCUUCUAUUCCCAUACUGGAUUGCGGGUGCUAAUUGAUAGAGCUCUUGUAACUGUCUCAGAUGACAAUAGACUGGAAAUGCAUGAUUCGAUAAAGGAUAUGGGUUGGGAGAUUGUCCGCCAACAAUCUAUUAAAGAUCCUGGGAAGCGCAGUAGGUUGUGGAUUUAUGAAGAUGUUGCUCAUGUUUUAACUCAAAAUAUGGCUGCAGAUACAGUUGAAGGCAUAAUGCUAGACUCGUCAAAGUCAAAAGACGUCUACAUAGAUGCUGAAGCUUUUGUUAGAAUGACGAAACUUAGACAUCUCAGAAUUGGUUAUAGCCACUCCAUAGACUUGAAUGCAAAAGAAUUCCAAUCGAAGCACCAAUUAAGAGGUGAGUGUAAACAACAUGUGCGUGGGGAUGUAAAAUUUCUUUCUAAUGACUUGAGGUAUCUCAUGUGGUAUGGAUUCCCCCUGAAGUCUUUGUCAGCCUAUUUUCUCCCUAAGAGCCUGGUUGACCUUGACAUGCAUUGUAGCCAUAUUGAAGAACUUUGGAAGGAAGUCAAGCCUUUCAAAAAGUUGAAAUUCAUCAUUUUGAGUUAUUCUCAUUACCUUACCACAACUCCAGACUUCACUGAGGCAACAAACGUGGAAACUCUAAUUCUUGAAGGUUGUUCCAGUUUAUUUAAUGUUAACCCAUCCAUUUCAGCACUUAAAAAACUUGUAUUCUUGUGCCUAAGAGGAUGCAAAGAACUAAGGAGUCUUCCAAGCAGCAUUUGUUUGAAGUCUCUAAAAACUCUUGAUCUUUCUGGCUGCUCAAGUCUUGUAAAGUUCCCAGAGAUUUCAGGAACUAUGGAGGACCUAUCAGAAAUUUAUCUGAAUGAGACUGCUAUUGAAGAACUGCCCUCAUCAAUUGAACUAGGUCAAGGGCUUAUGAAAAUACCCUUUUUAUCAUGGUCAUUAUUGAUCAAAAAAUACUGUAAUUACUCAGGUAUGCUACAUCUUGAUCUAAGUGAUAGCAAUCUGUGGGAACUAUCAGAUGGUAUUGCUCAAUUGUCUUCAUUGAAAAUCUUAGAGCUGCGUGGAACUAACUUGGAAAGCUUACCUGGGACUAUGAAUCAACUUUGCUGUUUGACGCGUCUUGGAUUGGAAGCUUGCAAGAGAUUGAAGGCAGUACCUGAGCUUCCAUCGAGUAUAAGUUACAUAGUUGCUCAUGACUGCAGCGCCUUGGAAACCGUUGCAAAACCAAAUAUUGUGUGCUCUAUGAAUCUUUGUUUCACAUUUUCUAAUUGCCUCCAACUGGUACAUACAAGUCUAUUCAGAGAUAUUGUGGAAAGUUAUUCUCAUUACCAGGGUAAUUAUCAACGUCCACUUUCCUUUAAUAUGUCUCUUCCAGGAAAUGAAAUUCCUGAUUGGUUCAAUUAUCAAAGUAGGGGGUUUUUAGCAACUGUACAGCUACCGCCAAAUUGGUUUGAUAAUAAGUUCUUGGGGUUCUGAUGAUGAUGCAGAUGCAUCAUCUGCUCUAUGUUAUUGUGGGUUAAAAGGAAAUCAUGGUUCUUACAGUUUCUAUUUUACUUUGCUGGAUUGGGGUUUCUCUACUGACAGAAUCCUUGAGUCAGAUCAUAUGUUCCUGGCCUAUGUGCCUUGGUCUGAAUAUCGCUGCACUGAAGAUGGAAAGCCGGUCAUAUUUUACCGAGGCCACAUUUGAGGUUGUACUAGAAAGUAGAGUUGACAGACAUGGUUCUGGGACAGUAGUAAAUCACCACUGCGUCACAAGUUGCGGAAUUCGUUUCUUUCAUGGUAGUUACAUGGAAGAACAAAUUCUAAGCAUCAGUGGUACCAAAUCUCAUCAUGACUGCUGUGACAUCGUUUCGGUCAGUAAGAAAGGAAAAGAGGGGGAUGCAGUGCAGUUGCAA